AUGAGAAGCCGGGCCACAAGUGCGGCAAAUCGGAAAAAGCACGGGGCGGCACAUCGAUACAGAGGAAAUGGCCAAACCCCGGCAAGUCCCCUUCGUCACCAAGGCCGCGCCACAACACUCACCAUCACGUGCUUAGCCGACACCUUAGGACAAGUUAAACCGAGCCAUUACCUACAGACCGUCGUAUCUGGUAGAAGGUUAGAGGAGUCGGGAGCAACCGAGAAACCCCGAGCACUUGGAAACCGCCGGACCAACCUGUGGGCUCGGGCACUUCAGGCAACCAGCAACGUCGAUCAUAUGCGCCGGCAACGUACACCGCGGGGCGUUUAUACAGGUUUUCACACAGGCGACCAAUCUUGUUUCUGUAGUACAGACACCCGGCCCAGCAUUGAUCAUUGGCGGGUGCCAGCACGACUAGGGCCUGUCCCAGUGCUGGGAUGGAAACUAAACCUCACCAUCGAACUGCGGCUUGGACCGAUCUUCAGGGACCAGAGGAUUUUGGAGACCUGUGUUAAGAACUGUGGUCAUCGUUUCCAUGUUCUCGUAGCUAGCCGGGACUUCAUUGAUGGCAUUUUGGUCAAAAUUGUCUUACCCAAGAAUAAUCCGCCAGCUAUUGUACAGGAUAAAGUGCUUGGACUGAUACAGGCUUGGGCAGAUGCUUUCAGAAGCAGUCCAGAUCUGACUGGCGUUGUUCAUAUUUAUGAAGAAUUGAAGAGAAAAGGGAUGGAAUUCCCUAUGGCAGAAUUGGAUGCACUAUCUCCAAUACACACACCUGGGAGAUGUGUUCCUGAGGUUGAUCCUGCAACGAACAAACCAAUACCUCCAUCCCUGCAAAAAAACAUUUCAACAAUGAGCUUUCCAUCAGCACCAAACACACUGACUGGUUAUUCAGUCCCUCAAAGCCUUUCAUCUAGCCCAAUCACUGUGAAUGUUGAGCAGCUUACCAGGUUGCGCAGUGAGCUGGAGGUUGUCCGUGGAAAUACAAAAGUGAUGUCUGAGAUGUUGACAGAAACAGUCUCUGGGGAGGAAAAUCAAUCCGAUUUGGAGUUGCUGCAGGAACUAAAUCGUACCUGCCGAGCAAUGCAACAAAGAGUUGUUGAACUUCUUUCCAACGUAACCAAUGAAGAAAUCACAGAGGAACUUUUGCAUGUCAAUGAUGAUCUUAAUAAUGUUUUCCUUCGGUAUGAAAGAUUUGAACGAUGCAGAACAGGAUGUGGAAUUCCAGACACAGAUGAUAGUGUCAUGAAUGAGGUUACAGAUACGGAUAAUCUGAUAGAUUUGGGUCCAGGGUCCCCUGCGGUUGUCAGCCCCAUGGUCGGAAAUAUGGCUGCUCCCAGUCUGUCCACGCAGCUUGCGGGUCUAGACCUGGGUACAGAUAGUGUAAGUGGAACCUUGAGCUCUUUGCCCAAUUGCCAUCCGGACACUCAUGAUUCUGCUAAUUUUGAAAUGUUUGCACAAACCAGAAGCGGUUCCCUAACCGAUCAGCAUCAAAAUGUAAUAAACACAGACUCGCAGUCAGUUGGAGGAUUGGCAACUGCCCUUGACGCUCGGGAAAAUAAUAAGACAGAAGAGCUGAACGUUAGAGUUGACAAUCCAGCCAUCGAGCCUAUAGACAAGUGGCUCAUGACACAAGGACUGAUUCCUGUUUCACAGUCACUCAUGGAAGACGUUGAAGAAUGGCUCGGCACUGAUAUGAAGGGAGAUGAUGCGGAAGAAGGGGUUACAAAUGAAGAAUUUGACAAAUUUUUGGAAGAAAGAGCAAAAGCAGCAGAGAGACUCCCAAAUCUGUCAUCGUCUCCUUCAAGCAACUCUGCUCCUUCAGCAGUGCAAGCUGCAAGCAUGAAGAAGCCGGACCGAUCCAAGGAUGCCCUCUUUGCUCUGUAAAUAACUGUUUUUCUUGAGUGUACCACGUGUGUGGUUCAUCUGUUAUUUGGCAAGAUGCUGUGGUUAUGGUUCCUUAAAACAUAGUUGGUGAUGCACUGAAUUACUUUGCGCAUUUCCUUCAAUGCUCCUCCCUCCCAAAACUGCCUUUGUUGCUGUGGUUGUUAGCUAAAAUCUGACAAAGUAUGUUUUCAAAUCACUAUAUUUGUAAAUGCUGCCACAGAAUUGAGUAUUAUUCAUAUAUACAGUUAGAUGUUUAAAUGUACCAUGACCCAAAUAGUUUGACCCCAAAGGACAUACUUCUGAUUAAACUGUAUCUUGCCAAAGGCUAUUUGUGGGAAAAGAAAUAGACCAUUUUGGCAUUACUGUGUGGUGUUUAGUUGUUCUUAAAGCACUAACAUUUUAACCAGUAUUUUUUGAAAAAAUAAUUUUUUAUCUCAGUAAACUAUUUCCUCUAACUAGAGUUCAAAACUGUUGGCUCAGAGCACCUUGUACUGAUUAACAGAUAUCAUAGAAGUUGUCAAUGUUAUAAGGGACAUUAGAAAACAUCAGUUUUUUUCUAAUCUAUACCUUAGAGCAUUUAACUAAUUAUAUAAAAGUAUAACACUAAGUAAUGUAUUGUGGCUAGAACUGCACUAGAAAAUAUACCAUUAAAUGCUGAAGAAACUGUUGUUAAGAUACUGACUGUUGUGCAAGUAGCCACUUGUGCUUUGUAUGAUGCAGUGGUAAAUAGUAAUUUCUCAUAUGUAUGCGCGCUAGGGUCUCCUUUACUUUAAACCCUGGUGACAGCUUUGUGGGCAGUGCUAUUGGUUUUAUCUCAACAGAAUGUUUAUACCACCCAGUGUCAAUGUGAUAUUGCAGGAAACCUGGUGGCAAAUGUACAGUCUUUUGGAGGGGAUAACCAUUUUUACAGGAUGUUGGCACUGCAAAAUCAUCUGUUUCCUGAAGUCACGUCUAUGUAAAUAUCCAUGCUUGCUUCAGAUUUGAAUGAUAAGUGAGGUCUAUAUAGAAAUUAUAACAUUUGCAUUUUCAAUUUUAGAAGGUUAUUGAAAGAAAAAGGAAAGCUGCAUUGUUUUUGUAUAUCCCUUUUGCAGUGCCUCACAGUUACGUUUCAAAUUUCUCUUCACUGUUUCCCACAAGGUGCUCUCUUUUUUGCUUCUUUUAAAAGCUGGAAUGUCUGUGUAUUUAUUUGCAUUCAUCCCUUUGGUACCAGAAUCAAACCUAUGCACAAUUUUGUUCAAUUUAAAUUAUUUAAAUAUUUUAGCAUACAUUUGUGCCUUCAAAGAAUUGGCCACAUAGUAACCAUCAUGGUAGUAAGUACAGUGAUGUUAGAGUAGUAGAACUCUAGUAGAACUACAGUCGUUUCAAAUGUGGCCACAGUAGAUUUACAUUUUCACAUUCUCUCAGAUUUAUCUUGCCUUUUUGAUCCACCUUUUUCACCAUUAAGAGUAGCUAAGAAAAGGGAUUGUGUAAUGCUGAAAACUUGGAUAUAUAUCAUUAUUAUCUUUUAUGAUCGAAGUAAAAAUUAACAAUAAAUCUUUUCCACAUGACCUAUUGAAAAUCUUAGAAAACACAGUAUUGCAUUUAAUUUUCUCGUUCCCAAACUUGGCGUUUGUUUCAGCAGAGAUGUUUUUGAACUGAAUACAAAUAAUUGGUCGUUAUUUGUGGGAACAAGUUGAGCUCACUAAGUAAGAUAUUCACGAGUUAAUGUAACACUGGAAUGUUUAUUUUCCAGCUAUGUUGGUAGCAGUGACCUUCACUUUAAGAGGGACAGGUGCCUACAGCUAGAUCAUCUUAGUUCUCAGCUCAGAAAUCCACUUUCACUCCUCCCUUGUGACCCCCCCCCCCUUAAAAUCAACCAUGUUAUUUCAUUUAAUGUCCUUUGACUUGGUGUUUGUUUGAGCAUCUUUGGGUAUUUUCCCACAUUAAAAUAUAUAAAUGCAAGUUAGUGAACAGUCUUAAUUAUGAACAGUGCACUAACAGUAAAUUUAUUCUCAGAUAAAUCCAUGACAUUUUUAUUGUGUGUUCAUAUUGAAUAAGUCUUGGAACUAUUUUCAAUUCUAACUCUUGCCUGCACUUUCUCCAUAGAUCUUUUCCAGUUCUGUAGGAGAAUAUGGUUUGUGUAGUUAAAUAAUUCAUCUGUGCAAUAUAUGUUAAUACACACAGCCCUUGGUGUUGGGGUGGUGGGGGGG